CCCAAGUGCAUACGUCCCAAAUUUUGGGAAAGGGAAACCAAAGAAACAGAGAUGCGAUGAGCCGAUGAUCGAACGAUGGAGGCUCUCCUUACCUUGUGUAGGGUUAGAAAAUACUACUCCUACUAGUACUAGUAAAACACACGAUCCCAUCCGCUUUCUUUCUCUCGGAAGUCGUCGUCCUCGUCGUUUUUCCCCCAAUUUUUGUUUGUUUUUACGCCUCCUGAAAAAUCGACACAGAAACUCCCACCCCCUCCUCCACCACCGCUCUGCAGCGGAAAUACUACUAUUCAAACUUCCGUUAUAGGGCAGCAUCGGUCGAGCGUUUUGUUUUACUUUUUUUUAACUCUUUAAUCUUUCGCGACUAGUCCGUUUUGUUUCCCAGAAACCCUAAAAGUGGAAUUACCCUACCAAAUUCACUCCACCCUUUCCUCUAAUAGCCGUCGAGACUAAAAGACGACAGUUCAGCGGCGCUUCCCUUACGAAAGGAGAGUUUUCUUUCCUCACUCCUGUCUUCUGUACAUCACGGGCGCCCGCAUAUGACGUGGUGGCCCUUUUAGAAAUGAACAUGGAGAAUGAGAUGAUUGAGUUCGAUAUAGGUUUGGGAGGUGGAGGUGCUGGCAGUGGAGACGAUGAUGCCAUGGACAGUGAGCAGCACCAUGUCAUUGACGAAGAGAUGGCUGAUAGUUCCCCCACUGGUGGUGGUGGUGGAGCAAUUUAUAUUCCUGAAGGGGACCCGGAUCUCGAGCCUUAUGAGGGCAUGGAAUUUGAAUCUGAAGAGGCUGCCAAGGCCUUUUACAACUCUUACGGCCGGCGUGUUGGGUUUAGCACCCGCGUUAGCUCCUCCCGCCGUUCCAGGAAGGAUGGGGCUAUCAUCCAGAGGUCCUUUGUUUGUGCUAAAGAAGGGUUCCGGAACUUGAAUGAGAAGCGCACCAAAGACAGAGAGAUUAAGCGGCCCCGCAUCAUUACUCGGUGCGGAUGCAAAGCUUCUCUGUCUGUGAAGAUCCAGGAGCCCUCUGGGAAAUGGGUUGUAUCUGGUCUUGUCAAGGAACACAAUCAUGAACUGGUUCCCCCUGACGAGGUGCAUCGCCUCCGGUCCCACCGCCAAAUUUCAGGCCCUGCCAAGACCUUGAUAGAUACGUUGCAGGCAGCCGGAAUGGGCCCCAGGAGGAUUAUGUCAGCCUUGAUAAAAGAGUAUGGUGGUGCCAGCAAAGUUGGAUUUACGGAGGUAGACUGCAGGAAUUACAUAAGGAAUAAUCGCCAGAGAAGCUUCGAAGGAGAGAUUCAGCUCCUUCUGGAUUAUUUGAGGCAAAUGCAUGCUGACAACUCUUCAUUCUUCUAUGCCGUGCAAGGUGACGAAGACCAGUAUACUGGUAAUGUCUUUUGGGCUGAUCCCAAGGCAAGGAUGAACUACACUUACUUUGGUGAUACUGUUACAUUUGACACGACUUACCGGUCAAAUAGGUACCGUUUGCCAUUUGCACCUUUCAUUGGAGUAAAUCAUCAUGGCCAGCCUGUGUUGUUUGGCUGUGCUUUCCUGUUAAAUGAAUCAGAAGCGUCAUUUGUUUGGUUGUUUAAGACAUGGCUCAUGGCAAUGUCUGGUCGCCCUCCGGUAUCAAUCACCACUGAUCAUGAUACCGUGAUUGGGUCAGCAAUCAUGCAGGUUUUCCCAGAGACCCGCCACCGAUUCUGCAAAUGGCAUAUCUUCAAGAAAUGCCAGGAGAAACUGUCCCAUGUGUUUCUUGCGCAUCCAAAUUUUGAAGCAGACUUCCAUAAAUGUGUCAACUUGACUGAUUCAAUUGAGGAGUUUGAGUCUUGCUGGUUAUCACUUGUUGAAAAGUUUGAUCUUAGGGAUCAUGAGUGGCUUCAGACAAUAUACUCUGCUCGCAGGCAAUGGGUACCAGUGUAUUUACGGGAUACAUUUUUUGCAGAAAUGUCUAUAACCCAACGUAGUGACAGUAUGAACUCGUAUUUUGAUGGAUACGUGAAUGCCUCAACCAACCUCAACCAGUUUUUCAAACUGUAUGAGAAAGCAUUGGAGAGUCGCAAUGAGAAAGAAGUGAAAGCAGAUUAUGAUACCAUGAACACUUCUCCUGUCCUGAAGACCCCUUCUCCCAUGGAGAAACAAGCAUCUGAGCUUUACACUAGAAAGCUGUUUGCAAGAUUUCAAGAGGAGUUGGUUGGGACUCUUACUUUCAUGGCAUCAAAAGUGGAAGAUGAUGGAGAGGUGACGACUUAUCAAGUAGCGAAGUUUGGGGAGGAUCAUAAAGCUUACUAUGUUAAGUUUAAUGUGCUGGAGAUGAGAGCAACUUGUAGCUGUCAGAUGUUUGAAUUCUCAGGUCUUCUUUGCAGACAUGUAUUGGCCAUCUUUAGAGUGACAAAUGUCCUUACUCUUCCAUCUCAUUACAUUUUGAAACGAUGGACAAGAAACGCCAAGAGCUCUAUCAUACUGGAAGAACGUGGUGGCAGCGGUGUAGUUAGCAGUUAUCUGGAGUCUCAUACUGUCCGAUUUAAUACCUUGCGCCAUAAGGCCUUCAAAUUUGUAGAAGAAGGGGCAGAAUCUAUAGACUCUUACAAUGUGGCAAUAGUGGCCCUAAAACAGGCUGCCAAAAUAGUUGCCGUGGCGACCAAAAAUGAGGGGAAAACACCAAUGACCAAUGGGCGCAUCAGGGAGAAUGUAAGUAAUGGUGGAAGCCAGGCAAAUAAUAGCGUUGGGAAUCACCCCAGAAGUGUAUCAGGGCAGUUGUCUGAGGAUGACAUGGACAGGAAGAUACAAGAUCUGACCCAUGAGGUGGACUGUGCGAAUCGUAAGUGUGAAGUUUACCGGGCCAACCUGCUGUCAGUUUUGAGGGAUAUUGAAGAUCAUAAGCAACAGUUAUCAGUCAAAGUCCAAAACAUAAAGCUUAGCAUGAAAGAUGGCCUUUGAAGGUGAAGAGUAUUUCUGUAUGAUCUGCUUGCUUUUGCAGGUACAACAGAUGUGGAACUCAAGGUGCAAUGCCUAUGGCAUGUCUGUAAUGCUCCUAUGUUUGGAUUUGUGAACAAACAUCUUACCAUAUCACAACUCAAGGGUUGAAAAGAUAGAGAUAUUCACUGGUCAAGGGUCUAGGAACAACUACAAUUAAUCAUCAAGCAGAUGCUAGUCAAAGCAUCUCAAUGCUUAUCAACCGAGUUUGAACGAGGUUGGUCAAACCCAUUCAUCGGUCAAUUGUGAUUAUUCCCUCCUGCAGAAAUAUAUUGAAUUGCUGUUUUCUCUUGUAAGGUAGACUAAUAUAAUGUUCCUGGGAACAAUUUUUACUAGUGGAAAUAUCUGUAGUUAAAAACA